AUGAAGGUCAAGGCAGCCCUCGUCUCUCUCCUUGUAGGCCUCGCAUCCGCCGCGCCCCAAGGAAUCCAAUUUCCCAAGGACAACGGCAACGGAUGUGCCCAAGGAAUCCCAAGCACUGCGCCCGAUGGGCAGAAAGUUUGUAUUGCGACGAAUGGCGAUAUUCUUUCGCCAAAGGGUGAUGUUCUUGCGUCAUUCGGAAACGGUGGCAAAGACGCCGCAGCUAUACCCGUCCCCAAAGGGAACAAACCUGGUUGUCCUGUACUUUUUGACACAUGCACGACAUUUCCGGGGUGCGUUAUAGAGGAUGCCAACGGUUGUGAAAUUUCUGCAGCUAUCAAAUAG